CGUAAGUAACGUAAACUUGUAGUAUGUGUUGUGCUAGUGGGCGAGGGAUGUUUUUUUAAAUCACAUUUUGAACAUACACAGGGCUUUACCAAUUUUUUCGACAAAAGCUUGACAUUUACCUUUGAUUAUGGAGGAAUCUUGGGAUUUUGAGUUUUUGUCCAGUAUCGCUGCUUUAAAAAUAAAGUGGAUUUUUUUUCAUUGGAUUUGUUAUACGUAACUUUAUAUUCCUCAACCCUACGGCAGUAACUAACGUAAAAAUGUAGAAAACAUUGGUUUCUGAGUGUUUGUUGUGCUCGCAAACACAUUUUGAACAAACACAGGGCUUUACCAAUUUUUUGACAAAAGCUUGACAUUUACCGUUCAUUAUGGAGGAAUCUUGGGGUUUUGAAUUACUGUCCCGUAUCGCUGACAGCUGCUUUAAAAAUAAAGUGGAUUUUUUUGGAUUGGAUUUGUUACGUAACUUUAUAUUCCUCAACCCUACGGCCGUAACUAACGUAAGAAUGUAGAGAAAGAUGGCUACCGAGUGUUUGUUGUGCUAGCGAGCGAGGGAUGUUUUUAUCACAUUUUGAACAUACAAAGGGCUUUACCCUUUUUUUUCUCUCGACAAAAGCUUGAAAUUGACCGUUCAUGAUGGAGGAAUCUUGGGAUUUUGAGUUUCUGUCCAGUAUCGCGGACAGUUGCUUGUCAUUUAUGUCUGAGUUCGUGGAGGACUGGCUGUCAAACGACCUGAGAGUGUCCAUAUUUAAAAUCCUUCUCAGCUGGUUGAUUUUAAGCCUUGUAGCAAUUCACUUCGCCUGGAAGGUGUACGGGAACACGGUGAACGACAUGUAUUACAGACAGGGGAGUGGACAAAACGGGAGUACGCCUGACACAACAGCUGGCUCAGGACGAUGGGGUGGUGCCGCGGGAGAACCUUUCAAGACUCACGGAGAUUGACCGGACUGUGUUAUGAUACAAUAAAAAUCCCAGGCACCGCGAAUGCAUCGUAGAAGGUGACAUCAUUCAAGUUUUACAAAUCCAAUGACUGGAAAACACUUGUAAAUACACAAUUUAAUUUAAA